AUGUCCAAACCAUCUGGUCAAGAAGAAUAUGACUACUUAUAUAAGAUCGUACUCAUUGGAGACAGUGGAGUAGGUAAGAGUAACUUGCUCUCGAGAUUCACACGCAAUGAGUUCAGCUUGGAGACAAAGUCGACGAUUGGUGUGGAGUUUGCCACUCGCUCGAUUGUCACAGAGUCAAAGACGAUCAAGGCACAGAUUUGGGACACGGCCGGUCAGGAGAGAUAUAGAGCAAUCACAUCGGCCUACUACCGUGGCGCCGUCGGUGCUUUGCUCGUCUAUGACAUUGCCAAGCAGGCCACCUACAAGAGCGUUGAGAGAUGGCUUACGGAGCUCCGUGAGAAUGCCGACCGCAACAUCGAGAUCAUGCUGGUUGGAAACAAGAGCGAUUUGAGACACUUGCGUGAGGUAUCCACCGACGAGGCCAAGGAGUUCUCAGAGAAGCACAACCUUUUAUUCAUUGAAACGUCAGCUCUCGACUCGAGCAAUGUAGACGUUGCCUUCCAAACCAUUUUGACACAGAUCUAUCACAAGAUGAACAGACGAGCUACCGUUGCAACAGUGGAGACUCACCAAGAAAUAUCGCACAACACCAACAUCAUUGAUGUCUCUGCCCAGAGUGGCACAAAGAAGGAGCCUGGAUGCCCGUGCUAA